AGAUACUCGACGCAUCCGUUAAGACUCACUCAUACUUACGUCGGUCCCACAAAAACAAUCCUAAAACCUCAAAAAGCGCCAAACUUUUACAGAUUUUCUGUAAAAAGCCCAACAUAAUCAUAUUUUUAGCAAAUAUAAACCCAAAAACCCUAAGAAAAAAAAGUGUCUUGGUCAAAAAAAUUUGACAUCUCCCUUAAUUCUCCUUCGCACCUCUUCAACUAGUUGAAGGGGGAGCGACCCAAAAAAAAAACUUUACUACCCAUCAAAUUUUUUCUCCAAUGAUCCAAAAAUCUCCCUCUCAGAAUAACCAGCAAUUGGUAUUUGGGAAUGUAUAUGGAGGCGUUAUGCUCCCAAAAGAGGUGGAGCUUAAUAAAGGUCAGAACUUGGACCUUAAAUUUCAAGUUCCUGACAUUGGUAAAUCAUUUAAGGAUUUAAUUAAUACCCGAGAAGUGGGCGAGUUUCUUAGUGGUGCUCUGGCAGGGGCAAUGACCAAGGCUGUUUUGGCACCUCUUGAAACUAUCAGGACAAGAAUGGUGGUUGGUGUUGGGUCCAAAAGUAUACCGGGAAGCUUCAUACAGGUCAUUGAACAACAUGGUUGGCAAGGUCUCUGGGCAGGAAAUGCAAUUAACAUGCUGCGCAUAGUCCCAACUCAGGCAGUUGAGCUAGGAACUUUUGAGUGGGUCAAGCGAGCAAUGACUUUGAACCAAGAAAGAUGGAACCGCGAUGGUGAACCUAAGCUGCAAUUUGGCGACAUCACUUUGAGCUUCCCUCUCUCAUGGCUGUCUCCAGUUGGUGUGGCAGGAGCUGCUGCUGGAGUUGCUGGUACACUUGUAUGCCAUCCUCUUGAAGUUGUUAAGGACCGAUUGACCGUAAGACCUGAGGAUUACCCUAAUUUAGUGGUUUCGCUCAAUAAAAUUUACAAAGAUGGCGGUGUUGGUGCCUUGUAUUCUGGUCUUUGUCCGACCCUUGUUGGAAUGCUCCCAUACAGCACAUGCUAUUAUUUCAUGUAUGACAAAUUGAAGACGACUUAUUGUGGUGCAAAGAAGAAGAAAAAACUGAGUCGCGUAGAGAUGCUUUUCAUUGGAGCUAUUUCAGGUCUUACAUCAAGCACAAUCAGCUUCCCACUUGAGGUUGCUAGGAAAAGGCUGAUGGUUGGAGCACUGCAAGGAAAAUGCCCGCCAAACAUGGCUGCAGCACUUGCAGAAGUAGUGCGGGAAGAAGGUAUAAUGGGGCUUUAUAGAGGUUGGGGUGCAAGCACUUUGAAAGUCAUGCCAAACUCAGGCAUUACCUGGAUGUUUUAUGAAGCCUGGAAAGACAUUUUACUUGUCGAAAGGCGCCAUUUAUAAACGACAUAAGAUCUCUCGUCCCUGUUUUUAUUAUGGGACGAUCACACAUGAGUAUCUUUCUUUUUGCUUCUACCAGUUUUUGCUCGUUUGCUCUUGUUAUUACAACCAUAAUGUGAGGCUCUGUUCAGCACUGUUAAGGAGAGAAAUCUGAUUACUGGCGAAAGUAGAUGUUUCUAUGUUCUGUAGGAAUUGUAGGUACAUUUGACUGAGAAUCUAAUCUUUUGGUAAAACGGGGUUGUUACCUGUUCUAAUAAUUAAUUUAUUCUGAUCA